AUGCUAAAACAAAGAGUUAAGCCAAUUAUAUCAUCUUCUAAUGAUAAAGUAUUUAAAAAUCAUUCAUUUUAUCAGUAUGCUGUCGCAUAUUUGGAUAUUGACUUCUAUUUCGAGCAAGGAGCCUUUGAAGACAUUUCGACAUCAAUUUUAUCUUUAUUAGAUGCCCAAUUCUUUGAAAUGAAAAUCGGGCAAGUCAUCAAACUGAUUGAAAAAGCUGUGGUCUGCUGGGCUAUUUCUUUGGGUAAACCUGUAAAAUUGUCUAAAAUCCAUAAUAAGUAUUUCCCUAAAAAUACAGAAGUGAAGCACAAAGAAGCGAUAAUUAAAGGGAUUAGCAAAGGGAAAAGAUCUUCGAUUGCUGCUAAUAUUUUUGAAUGAACAGUAAAGACUCUAACUCCCCCUCUGUUAGCGAACCAAAAAAUUUUUGUCCACUCACAGAGGAUUUAAUUUUAUUUUAAAAACAUUUAUAGUAAAAUAACAUAAUGGCAUGCCAAAAAUAAGAAAAUUAUUCAGAUGAGAUUAUUUGACAAAAAUCUGAUAGAUCAUGCAGCAUAUGGUGGAGAAUUGGAAAGUGUGUGGCAUCUGUUGUGCUGAAUUAUGGUUUUGAAGAAAUUGAAAAUCCUUGAGAAGGUACAUGAAAGAAAAUGAGAAACAUCAAAAUUUAUUUUAAUAUCAGACUGAGUUCUUAUCAAACAAAUUAAUUUAUGAUCAGACUCAAAUCAUUAUUAAAUCAGAAAUAUUAAGAUUUUUUAUCAGAAAUUAUUGGGACAGCCUCUUAGAAGGCAAAAGUUAUUUUACUAUAUUGGAGGGCGCCUAUUACCUAAAAAAUAAAGAUUUUUCCAAUGGUUUUGUUUGCUCAUAAGCAGAGGGAGUAAGCGAAAUUAAUAAAUCUGACACAAAUACAAAAUCAAAAAGAAAAUUGGCCUCAAGGAUUUAUGAAUUUUUGCCUAUUCUCAUUCGUUAUGGGUCUCCAAAUAAUUUAUUUGAGUCAAUGAUGAAAAUGCAAUUAAAUAGAGAAUUCGAACUCAUAGGAAUAACCAAUGAUAUUCAAGAAAUAGUGGAAAUAGCCAGCUUUGAAUCUCUUGAAGAAUAUCAAGCUAUUAAUAUGACUUUACUUCCAAAAGAUGGCGAAAUUCUGGUGACUCAUCAAGAAAUGAUAAGCGAAGAAGAAAAUUUGGAAAAACAUAGCACUUCUUGGAUAUCCGAAGUCAAGCUUUUUGCGCUCCAUCAUGAUAAAGCCUAUAAAAUCAGAAAACUAAAAGCACACAGAAAAAAACUACCAAAUUUUUCUAUCCCACAGUUUUGUUUUCUUCCCUAUCUUCGAGAGUUAAGGAUAUCCAAGCACUUAAAGCAGACUGGGAAAAAUCAAAAAAUUAUUCAACCAUUAUCUCUACCAUUGAAAAAUUCCAAACAGAAAUCAGUGAAUGCAUUUAUAAAGAAAGCUUGAAAAAACCUCUGGAUUUCCAUUAUUUGUUAA